UGGGUGGUGUCGGCUUUUUGCGCCUUUAUUUCCAGUAGUGUGUGCGAUUGUAUUUGUUUUUAUCUCCCGCUACUCGCUUUGUUUAUAACAAAGUGUGCCUAACCAAGAGCAAAAUAUUAAGUAUGAGCAUAUUGCAAAGCAAGAAAAUGCAUCAAGUGCCAGUAGAAUGCAUUUGCGUGCAUUAAAAAAAAACUAGGUGUGAAAUGGCGAAAAUCAAUAACAAAGCAAACCCUCUUCAGCCGCAGCUGCGAAUAAGGUCAAAAUAAAACAGGAAAAAAAAGAAGUUUGUGUACGCCGCCGCUUUUAAUUCUAGGUAUUUUUUACAACAAUUUAUAAGCGCGACUCGUUUCAAACGCGACUUCACGAAGUUCCUUCAGUGUUAGUGUGUGUGUAUGUGCGUGCGUGCGAGUUUAUUUUGCGGUUUAAAGCAGAACAACAAAAAAAAUAAAAGAACCGACACCGACGCGUGAUUCAUACACCCAACUGAAAAGUCAGUAACAGCAGCCGCGGUUGUUAUUGCUGUUGUUGUUGUUGUUGUUGCUGCACACUGGCCCGUGCAUUGAACCAGCGACGUCGGCAGGCAACACACUGCUUCCUGCAGCAUUCGUUUAACAGUACCAUCAGCAGCAGCAGGCGGGGCAGAGCAGUGCAGCAGCAGCAGCGCUGCCAACAGCAGCACCCACAACAUGGAUAACAUUUGCGCCAUAGUCGAGUACGAGUAUGCGGCCAAGGAGCCGGACGAGUUGGAUCUACAUAAAGGUGCCAUCAUACAUCGCAUUAAGCAGAUGCCGGGCGGCUGGUGGCAGGGCACACUGAAGGCCAGCGGAAAGACGGGCAUGUUUCCGGAUAACUUUGUGCGCGUGCUGGACUCCCAAAGCACCAACAACAGCAGCAACAGCAAUGGGAAUCACAGUGGCGACGACAGCUCAUCGGUGCAAUUGAGGGACAAAUCGGAGACGUCAAAUCGGCGCUGCAAAGUCAUCUAUAGCUACACACAAGUGAACGACGACGAGCUGACGCUGGCCGUGGGUGAUGUCAUUGAAUUCCUAGGGGAGGUCGAGGAAGGCUGGUGGCGCGGUCGUCUGCGCACAAAAGUCGGCGUAUUUCCUUCAAAUUUUGUCCAACAUAUCGAACCAUCGCCUAUAUUGGCAUCCAAGCGGCCGCCAACGAUUGGAGCAACUGUAACAUCGGCAGCGUUGACCGCAAAAGCCAAUAAUAUAUCGUCAAACAUACCUACAACAACAACCACAGCAGCAGCACCAGCAGCAGCAGUAGCAGCAGCAGCAGCAACAACUACCACAACAACCAACAACCUAACAACGAAACAAACUCAACGUAAAAUCACGGCUUCAAAUAAUCAGGUGGUUGCUGAUGCGGGGGGCGAGGCGGGUGCAGCGGAUGCACCGCUGUUGCCACCGAAACCGCAUCGGGAUUUUUGUCGCGUCGAGUUCCCAUAUGCACCACAAAACGAAGAUGAAUUGGAUCUGAAAGUGGGGGACAUAAUCACAGUCAUUAGCAUGGAUUUGCCGGAUAAGGGCUGGUGGAAAGGGGAAUUGCGCGGCAAGGUGGGCGUGUUUCCGGAUAAUUUUGUUAAAUUACUGGCGCCAUCGGAAGUUGCGCCUUUGAAUGAGCCACCAACACCAACACCAGCAGCAGCGGGAGCGGCAACAACGCAGCAAACGCAACGCACGGCAUCGAGCAAGCCCAACAAUAGCAUAGCAAACGCCACUAGCCACAUGACCACCACGAGCGCCACAACGUUGACGCAGCAGAGCAGCAGCAGCAGUAGCAGCAAUCAGAGCAGCAGCAACGCCGCCUCCGCCACGACAGUAAACGUCUUCAUUAAGAAAACUGGCAGCACCCAGAAGACCUCCACGCAGAGUCGUAAGGAGAGUUUUGGCUCGCGCGAUUCCCUCAACGACAUACUGAGCGAAACGGGCCUGGCCAGCGGUAAUGUGGCUGCCCAGCGCAAAUCGCUGGAAAACAAAAAUCUGGAUCUGACCAAUCCGGUCAAAAAGCAACAGCAGCAGCAGACAAUAAUCACAACUACAACAGCGACAAGUUCAUCAGGCAUGGCCACAUCCGAGCUUCGAAAGAGUCUCGAUAAUAUUGAUGAUAAGGCCAAGUCGCCACCGCCACCGGUGCUCAGCAAUAAGCCAAAAGUUCCGAUGAAGAAGACACCCACUGGUGGUGUGACAAGCGCGGCAGGCAAUCUGCUGUCCAACAUGAUUAAGAAAAGCAGCGACAAUAAGCUGACCAGCACUGUUUCCCACGACCUGGCCGAUGGACUAGCUGGUAGCAAAUUGUCUCCCAGUCAUCUGCCCGAUAUAGGAGCCGCCGGUAAUGUCGUCAUGCGUCGUGCAGCUACAAUUGCUGUGGAGGAUACGGAUUUCGAUCGCGUGGAACGCAACACAAUGCUGACAGACAUGCGAGCCGAUCGCGUCAAGGCGCCCAAGCGUCGGCCACCCUCUUCGGCCAUCAAUGUGUUGGGCGAAAGCAACAAUAAUUCGGUGUAUGUGAAUGGCAGUGGCAUGGCGAGCAGCGCCAGUGAAUUGAGCGAAGAUGGAGGCUUGGGCAAGGCUACGGCAGCCGCUGCUGCCUCCUCUGAUGAUAAUUCCACUGGCGAGGAGCCGCAGCUGGCGAAACCCAAGAAAUGCGAAACGAAAAAGGCGCCCUGGUUAGUAGAGCUGAAGGCAUCGCAGGAAAAGAAAAAGACUACGCCCAGCGUGGAGCCACGUGGUGCCACAUUGGCGGAGCGCACAUCUAAGCUGGUCACAAACGAUGUCAGCUCCACAACUGCCUCAUCAUCAACAUCAUCAGCGGCCACAACAAUAAAAGUGCAAUCCUCGGCCGUGACCAGCUCGAGCAUAAUGCAGCAAUCGAUGUAUGUGGAGAGCAGUCAACGCAAGGAGUCUGUGACCACCGCAAGCAAUAGCAGCACUAGCACCAGCACCAGCACCACCAACAACGAUGCCAUCAUGUCGAAGAGCAUGUCAGCAAAGGCGGCGGCGCCAGCCGCCAGCAGCGAUGAGGAAACACGCGCCGCACGCCCCAAAAGCCUCUCCUUACGCAAUCGCAGCAUACAACCGCUGGCAAAAGCAGCCAACACAACCACCACCAGCAGCACUGUCGCCAGCAGCAGCAGCCAUGUGGCUAGCGAGGCGGCCAACACAAGCAGCGGCAGCAAUGCGAGUCCAGCGCCUGCAGCAUCCACAAAACUGCUCAACAAUCAUCAUCAGCCUAAUGUGGGGCACACCACAGGCGUUGGCGAGCCAACGCGCGUGCUCGAUCUGGAGCGCCGUGUGGACAAACUGGAGUCGAUGGUGCAGACCCAGCAGCGCACUAUCGAGGAGCUGAUACGUGCGUUGCGUGAGGAAACGGAUCGCGUGAAAUUGUUACGCGGCGAACUCGACAAAUAUGCGCAAAAACAACAGACGCGUCGUGGGAAAUUUGAUAAUUGGAUGUUUUAAAUGCCAACAGCAGCAAAUAAAAUUUUGAAUCCACUUGUGCUCAGAUGUACAGCAAAUCCUUUUAUUUUUGUGAUAAAUUAUAACAUACGUAUAUACAUACAUAUUAGAUUCAAUAUAACACGACUUGCAUUUCAAUAUUAAGAACAUGAAUAUUAUUACAAUAUUUUAUAUAAGCAAUGAUAUGUAAUUCUCGCUUAAAACUUUGCUGCCCUUAGAAAUGUUAAUCAAAU